AUGAAGUAUACACGAGAGUCGCUUGGCCCGAGGCGGUUUUCCCUGAGGAAGCUGAAGGACAGCUCCCAGACUUCGUCGGAGGCUUGCGAGAGGCUGCGCGCGCACAUGGCUCUUCGCAUGCCUGCUUCGAGGGCAGCCGCUACGAGUGCCUCGGCAGAGGCGAAUAUGGAUCAGAGCGACGGCGAGAGCGAGAAUUUCUCAGCAAUGGGUAAGAUUUUCGAGAGUCAUCCUGCCGGGACAGACAGCCAGCUGCUCACCGGGCAUAUUGCCAGCCACCGUCGUGGAAAGAGUCGCGACAUGAGCAUAUCAGGGAAGGACGGAAAGACGUUGGUCGAUGCUCUGGUUGCUUCCCGCCCGAAGCUCGGAGAGUUUGAGAGACUCACCUUCGUCGACACUUGGAAGCUGGACGAUCCUCAGAGUAUGCGUCGCAUCGGAGUUCAUCCGCAGAUAUUGAAGGCAUCUGCAGAGAAUCGCCUCCCCGACAUCGCUGACUAUCUCUGUCGGGCCGCGAUGCACUUCCAGUUGCCAAGCGUCGCGCCAAGGCAGGAUAACCGCACCCCGGUUGAUUACAUGCACAUCGUCGGAGAGGCCGCUGUAUUCGUUGAGACGGGCGCCAAGCCAGAGCCGCCAGGGAUGACCCUUGUGGUUCCUGAUGGCGACGACGAUGAGCCUUCGGCCGCGGCGGGGCCCAGCCGCCUCGUGGAGAGUAAACCCAACGCCGAGCAGGCGCGGAUGAUCCCGACCCCGAAGCGCAAGGACGGAACUGUUUAUUUUUGUACACCGCUCAAACUUGACGAGCAUCAGAUGGCCACCAUGAACGCACAGAAGCGCGAGCACAACUAUACAGGGCUGUUCAACGUAGGCGAGAAGGACGCCGCCAUCACGAAGUGUUUGACGGACGUCAAGAUGCCGCUCACGGGCCGCUUCUCCGCGGGCAUGGCCUCAGGCGCGCCGCUGCACGCGCCGUUCGGCGCAGUGCCCGCCGGGGGCUUCGCAGGCCCCUGCGGGCAGGCCAAUGGCCCGCUGCCCGGCACCGUGCUGUCCCCGAGGGCGCAGAUGCCCGCGGCGCAGUCCCCCGGGGAUAAGGCGACCAUCGUGUCCCACCAAGGCGGAAGCGGGUCCAACAGCAUGGAGCGUGGCCGCGGCGCCGGGGGUAGCGUCGGAGGCUGUUUAGCGCCCGGCGUUGCCGCCGAAGCGGCCCUGCUGCGCCUGGGGCAGCGCGCGCUGGGCUCCGAGUUGGGGCCGGGGCCGGGGCUGGAGGUGCUGCGACUCUUCGCCGCACGGCCGGAGGAGCUGCGCCUGGACGAGCUCCUGGACGCGGUCAGCGUGCUGCCGCUGGGGCUCUCGCGGGCGGAGGUGCAGGGCGUGUUCUCGCACCUGCGCCGGCCGCUCGGCGCGCCUGGCGGUCCGACGGCCCCUCUCUUCGUCACGGCUUCGACGACUAUUCGGGUGGCCCGGGAUGUCGGCGAGGCAAUGGAGGCGAACGUGGAUAUCCUCAGCGGCAGGGGGGGGGGCAUCAGGAGCGCGCAGAGGGCGUUUCUUCUCGCUAUCGCUGGUGCGAGGCCUCGGCUGAUCUUCCUGCGCGAGCGGUGUCUUUGCCGCCGGGCGCUCGGGGCGCGCGACAUUAAGACCUACAGCGGCUGCGCCAGGCUGCCAACGCAUGCUUGGGGCCGGUUGUCAGCAUCGCGCGAGCUAGUCUCGGCGAAGAUCGAGCGGCGACACUUGCUGGGCCAAGGGGUUGCGCUGACUCAAGCGGCGGGGUUCCUUGGAUGCGACUGGGGCCUCCAAGAUGAUUUACCAGACAUGGGCGUUUCAAGCGGCUUCGGCGGCGCCGCUGCGCUCGCCCGCGGCGCGGCCGACGAUCCGACCGACGCAGGCGGCCUGUGUCUCGCGCAGAGGCUCAGCGAGGCUGGCAGGGUCUGCCCAUCAACGUCGCAGAUGCUUUUCCGACGCUUGCCGCGGACGGGGUCGACGGCCAAGGGCGCGUCGAUUUAG